AUGUUUGGUGAAAAUGAUGAACUGAUUCUUUUUCAUUUGACUUUGCAGAGGCAGACAAAUUAUGUGCAUUCGUGUAUCGGUCAUUUUAUAGAUGUCAAUGAUGAUAGUAGCCAAGAAGUAACUGGCAGCAAAGUCAAUCGUAAGAGACACUUACAGCUGUGUAUUUCUACACAGACUCAUUUGGAAUUGUAUGAUGUAUCAGAAGGCUCACUGCGAAGCCUAGCAGUAGUACCAUUAUUUGCCACUAUAACCGCCAUGGAAACACUAAAUUUGGAGAAUUCGCCUAGCAGUUUCCUAGCGUUGACAUCAGAUUCCGGUAACUUAACGAUAUCUAGAUUUGCUUCAAUUGAGCCCCAAGGUAAAAUUGUUCUGCAGGCUUUGAUCAAUCAACCUUUAACGAGAUCAGGUCUCAGAAGGUUAUCACCCAUUUCUCAUUUACAAGUGGAUUUACAUGGUAGAUGCUUGUUUUUAUCCGCAAUCGAAAGGAAUAAAUUAUGCUUUGUAGCAAAUCAAAUUGGACAAGAUGGUAUCAGCAUACAAGAUCCGUUAGAGGCACUAGUACCGAAUACUUUAACAUUAGACACGGCCGUAUGCGAUGUUAGAUAUGAUAAUCCAUGCUUUGCAUCUUUGGAACUCCAACAAGGUAAUCAUCAUUUAGUGUUUUACGUGCUAGAUCUAGGUUUGAAUCACAUCGUUAAGAGGGCAAGUUAUAAGAUUGACGAAACAGCUAACUUUCUCAUGGGUUUGCCAGAUCUUUCCAAAUAUCGCAUAAGUACUUACAUGGAUUCAAACGAGCAUCAUCAUGGUGAUUAUGAUGAAAUUAACCCGUUCGUAUUAGUGGGGUUUGAAGAUUUUGUAAUGAUCAAAGAUUUGCAUGGUUUCUACAAUAUAAAAGUGCCAAUUCCCCGAAGAAAGGAUGUUUCUAUGCCCACAACCAUCAUAUGUUUUGCCAUACAGACUUUGAAAAACAAUUUUUUCGUUCUUUUACAAUCGAAUCAUGGUGAUCUUUUCAAAUUAAAGAUCGAACCGAAUAAAGAGGAUUCAAACCGACCUGUGGCAUUUAUCUCUUAUUUCGAUACCAUUCCUCAGGCUACAGAUCUGCACAUCUUUAAAAACGGAUUUCUUUUCGCUAAUGUAGAAUUUUACGAUAAUCGUUUGUUCCAAUUCGAGAGUUUAGGUGAUGAUACUCCAAUUGAAGGAACAUUUGAACCUUCAUCCACUUUGAGAAACUUAAGUCUUGUGGAAACACAGAAAAAUUUGAACCCACUCAUAUCCUCACAAGUGACCAGUACGACUCCACUAACAUUAGCGGCUAACUCCAUGAAUAAAACAAGAUUUAUGGUGAACGGUGUCGAUUUCGAUGUUCAUGUGUCCUCCGGUGUAAAUGUUGAUGCUAGAGAAUUAUGGUCUAUUAAAUUCCCAAGUGAUAACUACCAUCGGUUGCUUUUCUUAGCAUCUCAUGACUUAACGAUGAUUUUAGAGACUGAAGCUGGUGCCAUGGGAGAACUAGCUGGAGAACAACAUGAAUUCAAGACUAAAUCUGAUAGAACAGUCUUCGUAGGCUCUAUGGGGAGCAAAUCCGUUGUUCAAGUGUGUGUGAACGAAUUACGCCAAGUAGUCUUUAACGCAGACUCUAAGAAAUACGAAAAGAAAUUAGAAUGGUUUCCACCGGCAGGAAUUCGUGUUGUAGCUGCCGAUUGUAACUAUAGCCAACUUGCAGUUGGUUUAUCAAAUGGAGAAAUCUGUUAUUUUGAGAUAGAUACUGAGUCUCUUUCAGAUUCUCUUCAUGAACUGCAAAAUAGAGUAGAGAUCGAUGAACAGAUCAAAGGAUUAGCUAUGAUACCUGAACCCAGAAGUGAUUAUCUGGCAGUUGGAACUAAAGAAGCAAAUCUAAAAGUUCUGUCCUUAAAGAAAAAUGAUAUGGAUAACUUUCUAGAAGUUGUAUCUUUACAAGCAUUAAUGGCUCCUGUAAGCGAUUUGAAAAUCACAAGGACCGAAAGAGAUGUAGAACUGCACAUUGGUUUGAUAAACGGAUUAUAUUCUAGGUCAAAAUUAAACAGGUAUGAUGGCCAGUUAUACGAUGUCAGAAACAAAUUCUUGGGACCUAAAGAGGUUACUCUCUCAGUGUUACCAUCUAUGUCUUUUUUGAAGAAAACGUCUGAUGAAGAAGAGGAAGAGGAAGAAGAUGACGAAGAUGAAGAUGAAGGCACAGAAACCACCAAACAACAUGAUGAUAUUGAAAAGGAUGCCAAAACAGGAGCUAAGGGACCAUGCGUUAUGCUUCAUAGCAUAAAGACAUGGGUAUCCUAUGAACACGAUUCGCUACUCUACAUUAGACCAAUGUUAUUACGACAUCCCGGAAAUUUUGUGAAAAUGUGUCAAUUCUCUACGGAAAACCUAAAGAUCAAUGGUUGUUGUGCUAUAGAUACCAUUUCUUCUGGUGCUUCUUUAACAAUUGGUGCCUUGGAGAAUUUUGUUUUUAGAGAUAAAUGGUUUCAAACGAAGGAUAAAAUUUGCUUGCCUGUGGGAGCUGUAGAAGAGGAUCAUGAAGAUAAUGAAGAAAGAAUAUGGCCAAGAUUGUAUGACGGUUGUAAAAUCAUCACCUUUGAUGACGACAGAAAGAUGAAUUUAUUCAUUGAAAAUUCUUACGAUGGAAACCAAGUAAGAGUGAGCUUAGCAAGAUCUCAGAAGUUCUUUAAUUCACAAGUGAGCAACUCCCAAUUCGAGAUUUUGGAAAAUAUGAGAGCUAUUACUGCCGCUAUUACAAAGUUCUCCAGUAAUACCUACUACCUGGUCGUUUCUACGACUCACAACCAACUGUACACUUUUGAGCUGAUUAUUAGAAGAGCUCCUAAGGACAAGUCCAUCCGAGAUUGUGUUGGCGAAUUUCACAUGAAGCUUCUUCAUAAGACUCCAACAGAAGACAAAGUUCACGCGAUGGUAGGUUUUAGGGACAAGUUGCUCAUUCCGGUCUUUGGUUCUUUAAUUUUAUACGGACUGGGUAAAAAGCAACUGCUCAAAAGAUCAAUUUCAUCAACUACAGCAUCUAUCACCAAGAUAUCUUCUCUCGCCAACUGGAAAAAUCAAAGGAUUGCGGUUGGUGACAAUCGUGAAUCUGCAACAAUACUUCAAUUUGACUCCACGAACAAUAUCUUCGUUCCCAUAGCUGAUGAUGUGGUCAAGAGACAUGUAACUGCUUUAACUUUUAUUGAUCAAUCAACCGUCAUCGGUGGAGAUAAAUUCGGAAAUAUUUGGACAUUACGAUUAUCUAGGGAACAAGAAAGCCUCAUAAGGUCUAACUUCCCACAUUCUUUGGAUAGAUUACAGCAAUAUGCCGAUCUUAAGAACAAAGCGCCUAAUAUCAUGGCAUGCCCGUUGAAGUUAUCUCUAAUAAAUCAUUUUUACGUCAAUGAUAUCCCAACUGGGUUCUAUCUAGCUGAAGCCGUUCAAGUAUCCGAUAGACCAAUUAUCUUAUACUGUGGAUUACAGGGGACCAUUGGCAGUUUAGUACCCCUUCUGACCAAAUCAGAAGUCAACAGUUUAAGAAGCUUAGAAAAUGUAAUGAGUGAUGCAGACGACAUAUUUUAUUUGGAACAAGAGAAUCAAAAUGGAUCUUCCACGGAUCAGCCCGUAGAUGAAGAUGGUUUGGACAAAGAUGUAGCUAGACCUCUAGGGUCUUCUUCAAACGCUGUACGCAUUCCGGAGGGUGCUUAUUCCAUUGUAGGGAGGGAUUCAUUCAAAUACAGAAGUUAUUAUGCUCCUGUGAGAAACGUGAUAGAUGGAGAUUUAUGCGAAACCUUCUUGAACCUGUCACUCUCUGAACAAACCAAAUUGUGUAAAGAAACUAGCGGAUCAAACCCAGAAGGCGUUUGCAAGCAGCUAAAUGAUAUUAGGACCAAUUAUAUAUGA